UUCUAGUCGCCAUAUUCUGACCUCAUUCCUUUUUCGUGCAUGGCAACGAGCACACCUUCGCAAAGAUGCCGAAGCCUAAGCGUAGUGUUCGUGAAAAAAUUGAACGAUACAAGAGGAAACUUCAAGAUUUAGAAGUUAGAAGUGACGUUAGAAAGAAACGUCGUAGACAUCAAUCCGUGUUAUCUUCAAACGAGUCGGAUGUCAGUGAACAAGGUGAACAUCACCUACAAAACCUAGACCAAGGUCUAGAGGUUGAAAAUAUGGAUUACGAUCCUGGCGUUUAUGAAGAAGGGACUCCUCCAGAGGAAGAGCCCGCCCCGGCCGUGCCCGCCGAAACGGCCGCGCCAGCGGACCCGGCCGCGCCGGUGCCUGACCAAGUCGACGCGCCCGCGCAGCCCGCGCCGCCGGCCACUGAGGGCUCCGAUCAGCCGCCCCUUGACCCUACGCUGCUUGCAGCGCUCGGUGAAUCUACCUCCGAAACGCCUGACUACGGAACAAGCGUUCAUGAUAGUCUCGCCAAUUUAUGGCUACCUAUUUUAAAGAAAGGUUUGGCGAAAGACAAUAAGGAUACACUCCUUAAGGAACAUCUAGUUCCUAUUAACUGUAAAUUAUUACAAGCGCCCAAGCUUAACGCCGAGAUAGCGGCCGCUGUAACAGAGGUAGUACGUGGACGGGACAAAAAAUAUGUCGCCGUACAACAACAACUCGGUCAAGGCAUAGCAGCUGUCAGUCGAGCCAUGGAUAUCCUUUUGAAGACUGAGAACAAAGUUGAAGCCCUCAAAUAUUUGAGGGGGGCGAGGAGGGUAUCGCAGGACGAACCCGCCGCCGGCGACGCGUCGCCCGUACGUCAACACGGCUGCCGCGACCCGUCAACCAGCGCCGGCCAAGUCGAGAGCACCUGCAGCACACCAGUAGCUCAGACGACCCCACCGCUUGCACACCAGCCUUACCCUGGCUGCCGCGACGCUAUCAGCAAGGCCUUCUCACGCCGCGGCGUUCCUACGGAAGCGAUCCCAUUGACUUUAGCUUCUCUUUCGGAGAACACAAUAAAACAAUAUAAUGUGUCACUAAAACUCUGGUGGGAGUUUUGUAACGUACAUAGUAUAGAAGUACUAGAACCGUCAAUUACGUCAAUACUCACGUUCUUGACAGGUGAAUUCAACAAAGGCUGUUCUUACGGAACAUUAAACAGUCAUCGCUCUGCGUUGGCUCUCUUGCUGCCUAAUGUUAGUUCUGAUGAACGUGUUAAGAGAUUACUCAAGGGUGUAUUUAGACUAAAACCUAGUUUGCCAAAAUAUAAUAAUACGUGGGAUCCACAAGUUGUUCUUGAUUUAGUAUCGACGUGGUAUCCUAAUACUGAACUUACCCUUGAGAAAUUGACUAAAAAACUUGCAAUUUUACUCGCAAUUUGUACAGCUCACCGAGUACAAACGUUCUCAUUAAUUAAAAUUGAAAAUAUACAUAUCACAGAGAACUUAAUCAAAAUUUCAAUACCUGAUUUGAUAAAAACCUCUGCACCUGGUCGAGAACAGCCUCUAUUGAAUAUACCUUACUUUAGAGAAAAUCUAAGCAUUUGUCCUGCCCUAACUCUCAAAGACUAUAUUUUGGUAACACAAAAUAAGAGAGCCGGGAACCAGGGCACACUAUUACUGACGUAUAAAGCUCCCCACAGAGCAGCCACAAGCCAAACUGUGGGAAGAUGGAUACGGCAGGUGCUAGCAGCGGCGGGAGUGGACGUGUCCAGGUUCGGCGCGCACAGCACGCGGCACGCGUCCACGUCGGCCGCGAGCGCCGCCGGGGUGUCCAUAGAGGUCAUCCGCAAAGCUGCUGGAUGGACAGCUAAAUCUCAGACUUUUUCAAAAUUUUAUAAUAGGCCGUUACAAGACGGCAACAAUGAUGCGUUUGCUAAAGCUGUGUGCUUCGGUAAUAAUAUAUCUGAUUAA